AUGAACUCAGAUACCACAAACAAGACAUUUUUCCUCAAAUGGCUCAGAAUCCUUCUGGAUGAACAUACAUCAGCUGAUCUUUCUGCUCUACAUCACAAAUAUAAUGAAAAAUGGUCAACAGUCCUAAAACUGACAGAGAAUCAUGAUAAACCUGAACAACUCAAAGCUGAACAGACUGAACUUGAGAGAAUAUCUGAGGAACUUCAAGCUGCAGCCUUUGGUUUGGAGCACAUCAUGAGGGAGAUUGGACAGAUUUACGAAUCGUGUUCAUCUGUGAAGAAAAACAAGGAAGACUUGCAGUUUCACCUCUCUUCUCUCCCGAGUCUUGCAGCAGAGAUGAUGAUCUCUGGAUUUCCACUGGAGUUGAUGGAUGGAGAUGCUGCUCAUGUUCCUGUGAUCUGGAUCUCUGCUGUUCUAGAUCAACUCAUCCAGAAACUGGGAGACCAGAGAGUCUUUGUGCUGUCAGUUUUAGGGCUUCAGAGCUCUGGGAAAUCCACCAUGCUGAACGCCAUGUUUGGACUCCAGUUUGCCGUCAGUGCUGGCAGGUGCACCAGAGGAGCUUUCAUGCAGCUGCUCAGAGUCUCAGACGAGAUGAAAACACAGAUGAACUUUUACUAUAUUCUGGUUGUUGAUACUGAGGGUCUUUAUGCUCCAGAACUGUCUGGAAGAUCAACAAGACAUCAGGACAAUGAAUUGGUCACAUUUGUUGUUGGUCUUGAAACAUGGAGGGAAGGAGACGACUGCAGGAGACACUGGAUGAAAUUACAAAACUCGCUGCUAAAGAUGAAGUCUGUGAUGCAGAAAGUUUCAGCGAUAUCAGUAGAUUUGAUGUUCAGAAAGAUGUUAAACUUAUUGAAGGAACGAUUCAUCUUCAGCUUUAGAAAUUCUCUGGAAAUUUCAGCUUACAGGAAACUGGAGACUAAAUACAGGAAGUGGUCCUGGAGUCUUCGCAGUGCCAUGAUGGAAACUGAGAACAAACUACACAACAAAAUAGAAUAUAAAAUAAUUAAUGAGGUUGAGGAAACUGACCUCCAAAGAGAACUGAAGGAGACAAGUGAAGAAGUGAAAAAAUCAAUGUCAGAAUUCUUUGAGAAAGACAGAGAUAAAGAUAAACUGAUCCAGUGGAAAACAUCAUUUGAAAUAAAAAUCAGAGACCUUCAGGAAAACAUUGUCAGAGAAACAAAGAGGAAAUUAAAUGAUAUUCCUCAACAGCGACACCUAAAGAAAAAGACUGAUGCUCAGAGAACACAUCAUGAAAACACUCUGUAUGAAAAGAGCAAAGAACUUGCCAUAAAACUCCAAGACAAAGCAAAUGAUGAAGAAAAACUGAAGAAAGAGUUUGAUUUGUUUUGGGAACAAAGUGUGAAGAAGAUCAGAGACAAUCCUCCAAUCAAAGAGAUUGAUAUCGUGAGAGAUGUGAGAGAGAUUCUCAGUGACAACUAUAAAAGUGCUCCUAUAGAUCACUGGAGGGAGAGCAGGGAUAUCUUCACUUUGCCGAGUUAUUCAGAUUAUGUAAAUUGCAAAAAUUUCACAAACAAGCAUGAAGCCCAAAUAAGAUCAUUAGUCACAGAUGUUAUUCAGCAGACAGACAACAUGAUUCAGUCAUUUAACAUUUCAAAGAUGGGCUACAAUAAAAGCUGCCUUGCACAACUCAUAGACUACGUCAAGACAAGAGUAACAGAACAUCAGAAAUAUGUGUUCAAGAAUGAAUUCUUCAUGGAUUUGGUUCUUUCCAUCUGUAAGAGAGCAAACAAAAUGAUCACUGACCAACACAGACUGUUCAGAGACGCCAAUGAUCCUGAAAUAUAUGUUGAGAAGAAGAGAGAAGAGUACUAUAGUAUUUUCCAGAAAUACUGUCAUGGAGCUGCUUCAGCUGCCAUUUUUGGAGAGAUUAUCUGUCAGAAACUCAAAGAGCCCAUUGAGCAGAGCGUCUACAAGAAGACUGCCAAAGAUCUGACAUAUGAAAUGAGAUCAAACUGUGAAUCACUAAAUGGAAACAGAUCAAAUCUGGAGAAACACAUCCUGAAGACACUGGCAGAAGAGGAGGAUUUUGACAAAUACAUGAACUACAUUAAUAAUUCCAGAGAUCAUUUCAAGGAUUUCAUAAGAGAUGAAGUCAGUCAGUACAUCACUGAUAAGUUCAGUGUCAGUGUUUUGCCAAAGAUGAAGGAGAAUAUUAAACUCCUGCAGCAGAAGAUCAUGAAAGCAGCACAUGAAUCUACUGAACUUGUUCAAGAGAGCAGAAGAGAUGUUGGGUUGUGGUUGAAGAGUUUCACACAGCAGCUCUCAGAUGUGCUGAUCUUCUCUGAAAAAGACCUCAGUGGAGUCAAACAUGAUGGUGUUAAAGAUUUCAACCUCCUAGAAGAUGUGAUAAAAAAAGAACUUCCUGCUAUAAUGUCUGAUAUCAGCAGUAGAUUCAACACUAAGUCAUUUGAUGAAAAACUGUACUAUAAAUUCAGGCCAGAAGAACUUCUGAUUGAUCACUUCUCUCAGUGCUGUUGGGUCCAGUGUCCGUUUUGUGGAGCCAUCUUCACCAACACCAUAGAAAACCAUCCUGGAGAACACAGUACUCCUUUCCAUAGUGUUACUGGACUAAAAGGGAUGAAAUACAGGAAUACAACAAACUUGUCAAUUAGCAUCUGCACAUCAGCAGUAGCAAGUUAUCGAUCUUUUUAUCCCAAUGACUCAAAAAAGUCAGUUUCCUGGAGAAAAUACAGAAAUGCAGGAGGAAUUUAUACAAACUGGAGCAUCACCCCUGAUCUCUCUGAACUGCUCUACUGGAAGUGGUUUGUGUGCGGAUUCCAGAAAGAUCUGAAGAAAUACUACAAUAAAACAUCAAUAGGUUAUUUUACAAUACCAGAUGAAUGGAAAACAUACUCAAAACGGGCCGCUAUUGAAAGUUUGAAUCAGUACAUGUAA